AUGUCGUAUGGCAAGCGUUUUGAAUCCAAACAACAAGUUGGGUACAUAUACUUGAAGGCAGAAUGCCAAGAACUCUUGGCAAGACAAGAUGAAGCGCUCAGCGGGAGCAUUCUUACAGCCGUUUUCAUAACGAUAGGCCUAAUCUCGACCAAAUACACGUACAAGCGGAAUCUAAAAUUGGACGUCUAA